AACUUCCAGGAAAAUGCGGGGAAGCUGCGGGUAUGAUUCAGUACUGGCUGCCCCCUCCCCGCCCCUUUUCGGUAUGGUGGUCCUAGUGCCCAGCUCUGGGAUCUGGGGCCUUUCUUCUUCUGGGAGUUAGUUCCGGUCCAGGGACUGACCUGUUCAAGGGUUGGCUAUAGGGUGCUUCAUCUCUAGGGCAUCACUUCCUGUCUAGCUUCAAGGUAUGGGGGAGGUGGGAUUGGAUGUCUGAGGGAAUGACAUGAAGAUUGUUGACCUCUAGUGUAUUAGUAGUGGUUGGGGAAGGAGAAUCCAGUUCUUUUUUCUCCACUAUGGUUAGGUUAUUGAUGGCAUGGAACCAAAUAAUGGCUUUUCAAAUUGUUACAUAGAAUUCCUUAAUUCUUCUUCCUCAGAACUCUGUGAAGAUGCUUUUGCAUCUCAUCAAAUGCCCUGUGUUCAAUGUGCGUUCAUCAUCAUGAAUUGUUUCCAGCAUCAUUUGGGCCUAAAAUUUCCCCACCAUGAAAUCAGGUCUUGUACAGAUAUAAUGAUGCGUUAGGUACCACUCCCGUGUGUCAUCCUCAGGGUUUGUUUUUUUUAUUAUUAUAAAGUUGGAAAUGGAACAUCACAAUAAAUAAAUUAACUGUGUGAAAGUAAGGAAAAUUAUAUUUAAAGUCUACUUUACCUAUUCUUGCAUAUUUAGCCUUAAUGGUACCCCCUUGUACGCACCACUUCUCAACUCUAAGUCCUUGCUAUGCUUUUCAUGUAUGUGCCAGUGAUUCAGUGCUGUAACUCCAUGAAAUGUAAGCCCGGCCUGUGAAGUGUGUGAAUCUGUGAGCGCCAUAGUGGUGAUACCUUGUCCCUCAUGAUAAGCAGUAAUCGAAUUCUCUUGUUUAUUCAAUUGUUUGUUCAGUGCAUGUGAAUUUGGCCUGUACAUGGAAGGUAUUGUUUCUGGUUUAUAUCAGGAGGGCACGUUGACAUCUGUCUGAUACUAGACUGGUGAAUGGGAAGAAGGUCCCAUCUGUGGCCUGUUUGUGGAAGCUGAGAUGAUGAAGGCUCUUCAGUGGGAUCAUGCUGUGGUACAGGGUUGAAGCUCCAUCCCGUAUGUGAUAGUGGUAGAGCAAUUGGAAAGGUUACAUGCAGAGUUCUGGUAAACUAGGAUGGAAGAAUCUCAUUUCAACUCCUCCCCGUACUUCUGGCCAGCAGCGCCCACAGUCUCGGGACAGAUCGAGAAUACCAUGUUCAUUAACAAGAUGAAGGAGCAGCUAUUGCCUCCAGAAAAGGGCUGCAGCCUGGCUCCCCCCCACUACCCCACCCUGCUGACGGUACCCACCUCUGUGGCCCUACCCACCGGCAUCUCCAUGGAUUCAGACACCAAGUCGGAGCAGCUGACCCCACACAGCCAAGCCCCCGUGACCCAGAACAUCACCGUGGUGCCAGUGCAGUCUGCCGGGCUCAUGACAGCAGGUCCUGGCCUGGUGAUUACUUCCCACUCGGGUUCCCUGGUGACCACAGCCCCCUCUGCCCAAACCUUCCCCAUCGCAGCCCCAAUGAUUGUCUCUGCACUACCCCCUGGCUCCCAGGCUGCCCUCCAGGUGGUGCCUGACCUGUCGAAGAAGGUGAUAACCUCCCUUUCUGAAGGUGGGGGUGGGGGAGUUGCCCCUAAACCUCCCCGGGGCCGGAAGAAGAAGCGACUGCAGGAGUCAGGGCUGCCAGAGAUGAGCGAUUCAUUUGUGCUGUCAAACGAGGAUGAUGAGGACCAGCACAAGGAUGGCAAGACAUACAGGUGCCGGAUGUGUUCGCUGACGUUCUAUUCCAAGUCGGAGAUGCAGAUCCACUCCAAGUCUCAUACGGAGACAAAGCCACACAAGUGUCCUCACUGCUCCAAGAGCUUUGCCAACAGCUCCUACCUGGCCCAGCACAUUCGCAUCCACUCAGGGGCCAAGCCCUACACGUGCAGCUACUGCCAGAAGGCCUUCCGCCAGCUCUCCCACCUGCAGCAGCACACACGGAUCCACUCCAAGCUUCACACAGCGAUUGUCAAGCCGCACAAGUGUCCUCAUUGCUCCAAGAGCUUCGCCAACACGUCCUACCUGGCCCAGCACCUCCGCAUCCACUCGGGGGCCAAGCCCUACAGCUGCCGUUACUGCCAGAAGGCCUUCCGUCAGCUCUCCCACCUGCAGCAGCACACACGCAUCCACACUGGGGACCGACCCUACAAAUGUGCCCACCCAGGCUGUGAAAAGGCUUUCACCCAGCUCUCCAACCUGCAGUCCCACAGGCGGCAGCACAACAAAGACAAACCUUUCAAGUGCCACAAUUGCCACCGUGCGUACACAGAUGCUGCCUCGCUGGAAGUUCACCUGGCUACGCACACAGUGAAGCACGCCAAGGUCUAUACCUGCUCCAUCUGCAGCCGGGCCUACACGUCAGAGACAUACCUGAUGAAGCACAUGCGGAAACACAACAUCCCUGACCCACAGCAGCAAGUGGCACAGGCCCAAGUUCAGGCCUCCCAACAGCAGCACUUCCAGCCGCAGGGUGGUGGGGCAGCGGGGGGCCCUUCUGGAGACACUAACCCCCCCAACCCUCCAUCCCAUUGCUCCUUUGACCUGACCCCUUACAAGACUUCAGAGCACCACAAGAACAUCUGCCUCACUGUCAGCACCAGCACCAUCCAGGUGGAACAUCUCUCCAGCUCCUAAGAGAGACUUUGACCCAGGGAGCAGAAAAUCUCUCGUGCAUAGCCUAUGCCCAGGGGUAAUGCUUGUGCAAUGGCCCCUCCUUGUGCAACAGCCUCUGGCCUCUCCUUGUGCAACAGCCUCUCCUGGCAGUGUACCCUGUUAAUGGCAGCCCCUGGAGUGAUAGCUUGUCUUCACAGGCAUCUUAUGCAACAGCCUGCUCCAAAGAGGGGAUACUCUCACCUGCAAGAGCCCCCUUUCUGUGCUGGGAGCCAGCUCCUCACACACGAGCCUUUGAGUUCACACACACAAGAAAGGCCUAAUUUUUGCCUCCUGUAUAAUUUUAAAAUGUGUCUUGAAGGCUGGUGGAGGGGGCACCCUCUGGGCCACACGUGGCGGGAUGGGAUGGAAAGAGGCUGUUUUUGUGCAGAGGGGCUUGGAUGCAUGCUGGCAGCAGGGCAUUGAAGGUUCUGACAGGGUUCACUGUGUGGGUUUUUUUUAGGAUUUUCUAAUGUGGCUAAAGGAAAACAUUCAUUCCCCUUUCCUACUUGUGAAAGUGAGGAGGGGUCAGUUCUCCAGCCCCAGGCUCGGAUAAUUUCCCUGCUCCCUGGGUGAAAGGGAGAACUCUUGGGGACGGGAGAUGAUGCAUAUUCCCUGGGUUUGACAUUUCCUAAGCUGU